CAUAAAACAGUAAUAAAGAAAGAAAAAAAGCAAGCAGAAACGGCAAAAAACAUCCUGAUCCGAAUCUCGCAACAUCAUCAUCUCAUCACGUUGCCACCUAACUCUCUUCUCCUCCCUUCACCUACUCCUCAUCAUCAUCCGUCUCUCUCUCUCUCUCUCUCUCUCCAACAAAUAUUCAUACCAUGAGCUGGUGGUGGGCUGGUGCUAUUGGUGCAGCUAAGAAAAAACUUGAAGACUCAGAUGAUGUAUCAACUACAUCAAUAAACUACCAGAGUGUAGCGCUGAUAGUUGGAGUCACAGGAAUAGUCGGCAAUAGUUUAGCCGAAAUCCUCCCUCUUUCUGAUACUCCUGGGGGACCAUGGAAGGUUUACGGCGUGGCUCGUCGUCCUCGGCCAAAUUGGAAUGCGGAGCACCCAAUUGAGUACAUCCAAUGCGACAUCUCUGAUAAAGAUGAUGUCGUUUUGAAGCUUUCACCUCUUACAGAUGUUACCAAUAUUUUUUACGUCUGUUGGGCCAAUUGUGUUACAGAGGCUGAAAACUGUAAAAUUAACAGUAUGAUGUUUCAGAAUGUGUUGAAUGCAGUAGUUCCAAAUGCGCCAAAUCUCAAGCACAUUUGUCUGCAGACUGGUAUGAAGCACUAUACUGGUGCUUUCGAAUACUGGGGGAAGGUUGAGCAUCUGCUCGAUCCUCCCUAUAGUGAGGACAUGCCUCGGUUGGAAUUGCCCAACUUUUAUUAUGAUCUUGAGGAUAUACUCUAUGCUCAAGUUGCUAAAAAGGAGGAUAUAACUUGGUCGGUCCAUCGACCUGGGUGUAUAUUUGGGUUUUCCCCGUAUAGUGUCAUGAAUGUUUUGGGUACAUUGUGUGUUUAUGCUGCUAUAUGUAAGCAUGAGGGGAUCCCAUUUCGAUUCCCUGGGUCGAAAAUUAUCUGGGAGUCCUACUCUCAGGCAUCUGAUGCAGAUUUGAUCGCGGAGCACCAAAUAUGGGCUGCUGUUGAUCCAUAUGCGAAGAAUGAGGCGUUUAAUUGUAGCAAUGGAGAUGUGUUCAAGUGGAAGCAUCUAUGGCAGGUGUUAGGGGAGCAAUUUGGGGUGGAGGUCGCGGAGUUUGAUGAGAGAGUUGGGGGGUUUAGUCUGGCGGAGUGGAUCAAAGGGAAGGAUAGUGUGUGGGAAGAGAUUGUGAAGGAAAAUGAUUUGGUGGCUACAAAGUUAGAGGAGGUGGGAACCUGGCAGUUUGUGGACAUGGCUUUUUCUUGGAAUUGGCCGUUGGAUACCAUGAACAAAAGCAAAGAGCAUGGAUUUUUGGGAUUCAGAAACACCAAGAAUUCACUUAUUUAUUGGGUUGAUAAGAUGAAAGCUUACAAGAUUGUUCCUUGAAAGAACUUUAAGUUAAUAUGUAUAUGUUUUACUACUAUUAAAUUGUGAUCUUGCUUCGUUUCCCUUUAUUUUGGUGAUAGUAUGUUAUAUUGUCAAUAAGAUGGGAGUACUUUGCUCCAAUGUUUAUUCUAUCUUUCAUUUCCGAUCACUUAUCUUUAAUAAUACUUUCUCCAUUUCCUUUGUUGCAA